GUUCCCCGAGGUGGCCAGUCAUCCAACCUUUGGAGGAUGAUAACAUGGUAAACAUACUACCAGAAGGCAGAUAAGAGAAUUAGUGACGAUAUAAAAAAUUGUCUUGCAUAUGACCAAGUCCAGUUGUGAAUCCAGAACAACCUUUGUCGUUGCUGCACUUACCCUGAUUCACAGCGGUUAAUAUCCCAGCCAAACAUACAGCAUCAGAUUUAUCCUCUCACAAUGGGUUCCAUGUCGGAAUCACUGGACCAGCAGGCCGUGGCCAAGUAUCACCUAUCGAGACGAGGUGCAUACAACUCGUGCUUUCGCGAUGUCUGGGGACCACGCGAGAAGUUUGGCCUCAACAUAUACUCUCCCACCCACCCAGAAGGCUUGAUCCUCUUGCGCCUGGCUGAAAAUAGUCUAUUACACAAGGACAUUGCCGAAUUCUUCCGUGAACAGUUGACCAUUCUCCCCACCGAGCACCUCACAUACAGCACAGGUCCCCGCGGCUCGUUCCGCCUUCGCAAAACCCUGGCCCGAUACCUUGAGAAAGAGUUCGAGUCGACCACCCCCAUCACAGUCGAGGACCUGUUCAUUACUCCUGGCCUGACUAGUGCCAUCGACUCUGUCGUGUUUGCCCUCUGCGACCAAGGCGAGGGCGUCAUGGUCCCAGAGCCGUUAUACAAUGGCUUCAAGAUUGACAUUACGCACCGAGCUGACGCGAACAUCGUCAGCGUUCGCUACGAAGAGUUGGAUGGCUACACGGGUUUUGACGACAUGUUCAAGCCCGAAUUUACACGCAAGGCGCUCGAGUCAGCCUUGACCAGAUCACGGGCUCAGGGUAUCAAUGCUCGAGCUGUGCUCGUUUCCAACCCACACAACCCUCUGGGACGGUGCUACCCGUCCGAGACUAUGACGGAGUUUAUCAAGUUCUGCGCCGCCAAUGACCUUCACUUCAUCUCGGACGAGAUCUACGCGAAGUCGGUCUUUGAGAACCCCGCCAUCCCCGCUGAGUGCCAGAAGUUCACUUCGGCGCUAUCUCUCGACUGGCAGCGCUUGAUCUCUCCGAUGUGCUUCCAUGUCCUCUACGGUGCCAGCAAAGACUUUUGUGCCAAUGGCCUGCGACUCGGUGUCGUAUACACGAAGAACACCGGCGUCUUAGCAUCUAUGUCCAGCAUUGGUGCUUUCUCGUGGGCCCCUCAUGCUCUUCAAGACGUCUGGGCCGCCAUGUUGGACGACCACGAGUGGCGGAGACGAAUGCACAAGAAGAACAUUACGCUCAUGAAAGAAAAUUACGAGAUCAUCACCAAAUUCAUGCGUGAGCACGACAUUGGGUACUAUGAGAUGAACGCCGGUUUGUACAUCUGGGCAGACUUUCGACGCUUCCUUUUCCCUCAGACCGAGCGGGCUGGAGCCAAUUUCAGCACACUGAAAGUGGGCGGUCCACAGGCACAAACAUUCGAGAAGCGAGAAUUGCGCAUCGCCGACAUCUGUAUCGACAAGGGUGUCAUGAUAUCCCCGGGAACCUCCUACAUGUCAAGCGAGUAUGGCUGGUUCCGUAUCACAUUCACGGCCGAGAAGUCACUGCUAGAAGAGGGCCUCCGACGGAUCUGGAAGGCUCUGCAAGAUCCGGAAGUAGCGGGCUGGAGAUAGGCUGAUCGAGAAUUGUUUCGGACACCAGGGAUGUAUCUUAUAUUGGCUUUUCGCAAGGUUACAAAGAUAUGCGCAGGAUAGCAAUGUCGAGCCACGCCUCUCAACCGCAGAUGCACACGAGUGAAUUACACUGUUCUGGGAUAAAGUUCAACCCUUCAGACCCCUCUGGAUACCAUCCUCAGCCUCGUUCACGGGAUAUCAUGAACAGUAGAUGUUAGAGACGAGUAUAUGGAGCGUUGGCAGAAUACAUAUAGCUAGUGAAAAUGACGUGAGCUGGGGUUAUCUAUACUAUUCGCAAUGACGUUGAAAUGCUCCUUUGAGAACAAAACUUGAUAAUCAUACGAG